AAAAAAAAAAGAUAUUUCUUAUUUAAAUGUCAAACUGACAUUUCAUUAAUCACUCGUAAAGUGAGCCAAUCACAUAAGAGUGAGCUAUAGACGAAAAAAAAAGCCUUUGACCAUAAAUUAUAAAAGUUGUCACACACAAUGCGUGUAUUGUGGAAGAUCGAGAUGUGGUGCAGAAAACAAGCGGCGGCUGCCAUUCUGCCACUCUUGCUGGUCGGUUGGCUGACUGGGGAAUCUUCACAAGCACUCACGACCUUCGGAAAGAGUAACACCCAGCCACCAAAGGAAGUAGCUCCUACUGCUCCGCCAGCUCGUCCGUGCUCCAGACAAGCGGAGUGUGCGGGUAUAAGCAGCUCAUCCUGCGUCAGGACACACUAUGACUCGGUGACAAGAUGCCUCUGCGGUGAUAAUUCUCCACCAUUGAACGGACAAUGCGAGGCUCAAUCAAAACUUCUUUACCACGUUUGUGCUAACAGCGAUGAAUGUAACGAUGGAUUGGUGUGCGGUGCGCCGAACAUCACUGGCAACGCACAACCACAUCUUCGAGUCCUGACUCCGCAAGACAAGAUCUGUCUAUGUGAUACCGAGAGUGGAUACAGGGAACGCGAAUAUACUUGUAGUGAUGCUGAAAUUCUGAAGACGUCCAUCUUUGCUAUCAUAUUCGUCACUAGCUUAAGGAAAAUUUUAUUUUAUUGA